UACGACUUCGAGUCGCAUAACUACACUUUCUUUCUGCACAAUACCGCCAGCAUGGGCAGCGAUCAGCUUAGAUGGGACGGCCAGACCGUCGUGGUUACCGGCGCCGGUGGUGGGUUAGGAAAAGCAUAUGCAGUCUUCUUCGGUAGCAGAGGAGCCAAUGUGGUCGUCAAUGACCUCGGAGGUAGCUUCAAGGGUGAGGGCGGAAGCCAGACAAUGGCCGAGAAGGUCGUGCAAGAAAUCACACAAGCCGGUGGUAAGGCCGUAGCAAACUACGAUUCCGUCGAGAAUGGCGACCGAAUCAUCAAGACAGCCAUUGACAACUUCGGCCGCAUCGAUGUCUUGAUCAACAAUGCUGGUAUCCUCCGAGACAUCAGCUUCAAGAACAUGAAAGAUGAGGACUGGGACCUCAUUAUGAAGGUGCACGUGAUUGGUGCGUACAAGUGCGCAAGAGCUGCAUGGCCAUAUUUCAGGAAACAAAAGUACGGAAGAGUCAUCAGCACUGCCUCUGCUGCUGGACUUUUUGGAAGCUUCGGACAAUGCAACUAUUCUGCUGCCAAGCUUUCCCAAGUCGGUUUCACCGAGACUCUGGCCAAGGAGGGUGCCAAGUACAACAUUCUCUGCAACACGAUUGCGCCAAUUGCUGCCUCCCGAUUGACAGCUACUGUUAUGCCCAAGGAAGUUCUGGACAACCUGAAGCCGGAGUGGGUUGUGCCGGUUGUCGCUGUCCUUACACACUCAUCCAACACCUCGGAAAGCGGAGGCAUAUUCGAGAUUGGUGGCGGCCACGUCUCCAAGUACCGAUGGGAACGAUCAAAGGGUGCUCUGCUCAAGGCCGACCAAUCUUUCACCCCAGGCGCUCUCCUCUCCAAGUGGAAGGAUGUUGAGAACUUCAGCGAGCCGCAAUACCCAACGGGCCCGAACGACUUCGUAACACUUCUCGAGGAGGCCAACAAGCUCCCAGCAAACCCAAAGGCUCCAGAACUUAACUUCAAGGGCAAGGUGGCCGUCGUCACAGGUGGUGGUGCUGGUCUCGGUCGUGCCUACUGCUUACAAUUGGCCAAGUAUGGCGCUACAGUUGUGGUCAACGACCUCGCAGAUCCGGAACCAGUUGUUCAGGAGAUUCAGAAGCUUGGUGGCAAGGCGACCGGCGUUCGUUGCAGUGCCGAGGAUGGUGAGAAGGUCGUCGCUGCUGCCAUUGACAACUACGGCAGAAUCGACAUCCUCAUCAACAACGCAGGCAUUCUCCGCGACAAGUCCUUCCACAACAUGGAGGACAAGAUGUUCCAGCAAGUCCUGGACGUCCACCUGCGCGGCACCUACAAGGCUUCGAAGGCUGCCUGGCCUUACAUGCUUAAGCAGAAGUAUGGCCGCAUCGUGAACACAACCUCUACAUCCGGUAUCUACGGCAACUUCGGUCAGGCCAACUAUGCUGCCGCGAAGUGUGGAAUUCUCGGCUUCUCACGCGCUCUUGCUCGGGAGGGCAAGAAGUACAACAUCUUCGUCAACACCAUCGCACCGAACGCAGGAACCAACAUGACUCGCUCGAUCAUGCCUGAGGAGAUGGUGCAGGCAUUCAAGCCAGACUAUGUCGUCCCGGUCGUGCUCAUCAUGCUUUCCGACAAGAUGCCAAACGAGCCAACUGGCCGUCUUUUCGAGAGCGGUUCUGGCUGGACUGGCGAGACCAGAUGGCAGAGAACUGGAGGUGCCCAAUUCCCAAUCGAUGUCACACUCACACCCGAGGCAGUGAAGGAAGUCUGGGAGUCAAAGAUUGCCAACUUCGACGACGGCCGAGCUGACAACCCAUCGGACGUGUCGGCUGCAAAUGACAAGAUCAUGGGCAACUUUGAGAACCGGGCCAACAAAGGUGGGAAUGCGUCCUCCAGCGAAGACGACUACCUUGCCAAGAUCGAAUCGGCUAAGAAGGCACAGGCCGACGGAACGGAGUUCGUCUAUGAUGAACGAGACUGCAUCCUCUACAACCUGGGCGUUGGCGCCAAACGCACCGACCUCCCACUCGUCUUCGAAGGUCACGACGACUUCCAAGUCCUUCCGACAUUCGGUGUCAUUCCACCAUUCAAUGCGGACGCACCAUACUCAAUGGGCGAUAUCGUACCUAACUUUUCACCUAACAUGGUGCUCCAUGGCGAGCAGUACCUCGAAAUUCGCUCCUUCCCGAUCCCAACAGAGGCCACACUCGUAGCCUAUCCAACGCUUGUUGAGGUCCAAGACAAGGGCAAGUCUGCAGUCGUUGUACAAGGCAGCAUCACCAAAGACAAGAACACAGGCAAGGAGAUCUUCUACAACGAAUCAACAGCCUUCGUGCGUGGUUCCGGUGGCUUCGGCGGCUCUAAGCAAGGCAAAGACCGUGGCGCUGCGAGCAAGGUCCACACGCCUCCCAAGCGCAAGCCAGAUGCGGUUGUCGAAGAAAAGACGAGCGAAGACCUCGCUGCUAUCUACAGAUUAUCCGGUGACAGAAAUCCUCUCCACAUAGACCCAGAUUUCGCAAAGGUCGGAGGCUUCGAUGUGCCCAUCUUGCACGGUCUCUGCUCGUUCGGUAUCUCUGGAAAGCACAUCCUCCAGACCUUUGGUCCGUUCAAGAACAUCAAGGUGCGAUUCGCGGGUACCGUGCUUCCUGGGCAGACUCUGGUGACAGAAAUGUGGAAGGAGGGCAACACGGUCGUCUUCCAGACCAAAGUGAAAGAGACUGGCAAGCCUGCGAUAUCUGGUGCAGGUGCGGAGUUGGUUGGGGAUGGAAAGUCGAAGCUGUAAAUUCUUGGUGCAUUUGAGCAACGAUGUCUGGGUGGUAGAGGGGGAUAUGUGUGUAUGCUUCACUGUAUGAACGAUUUUGUACAGCACCUAUUGGUAUGGCGAAAUGAAAUACCAGCCAUAGAAUAUUUGGAAUUUUGGAUUGUG